AUGUUCGAUAGGUUGAUUUCCCAAAAUUAUUUACUUCUCUUACUAAAUAUCGAUCCCAGCCAACCUUCGGCACUCGUGAAUACAAAUCUCUUAAAUAUUCGCAAUGUUUAUUCUUCGUUUAUCACAAUCAAUCGUGAAGCACAUGUCUGGUAUCAAGAAGUGUAUCAUACUCUGGAAAAAAUUCAAUUUGGUGGUUCACUUGGCACGAAUGGUCUCUUAAUAAAAGGCUCGAAGAAAUGUCUGAAUGUCAUUAAACGUAUUUAUUGUCAACGUUUAUUGCAACCACCGUAUGGUUUUAUUAUUUCGGAUCUUGUCGAGUUAAGUAACAUUCAUGUGAAAAAACAAGAACGAGAUCCACUCAUCUCGUUACCUAAUGUAUUGUGUCUGAUUAUCAACGACAUUAAUCGUCGCAGUGGUGGUUAUGGCGCAUCAAUGGAUGAAAUUAAGACAACAUUAAAAUUGCAAUUUCCGGAAUUUCCAUUGCCAACAGAUGAUAUUCUCUAUAGUACAAUUGGUACAUUGAUUCAAGACAAAAUUCUCUUACUCAAAAAUGGUGGCUAUACGACACUACCUUGCGAACAAGCGAAACAAGUGAAAACACAAUUCAUCACGAAAGAUCAUAAACUUUAUUCGAAUGAACCUAAAUCUAUUUUUUCACGUUUAAUACACGGUUUUCGCCGUCGUGAUCAGAAUCAAUCACCUCCUUUUGCUUUCAAUGCUCAACUACUCUCUUCACCAACAUCCAAUCCUAAUUAUCAGCAAGCUCCUCGUGUUGUUACUGACUAUGGUAUGAUCGAAUCUAACGCUCAAUUUCGUGCCUCGUCACGUUCACAUCCACACACCAUGCGUCGUGCAUCUUUACGAACACAUUCAACAGAUACUCGUCAGCAACAACAACAACAACAACAGCAACAACUCAUACCUACUCCUUCGUCGUCCGUAUCAACAGCACAAUUGCGUCGUCCUCGACCACGAUCCUUUAGUUUUGAUGAACAAUUAUCUAUCAUCGACGAUGAUGAUGAAUCACUUGUACAUGACAUGCCUUUCAGCGUUGCACCAGUUCGACAAUUUCGGCAACCACUGCCGCCACAACAACAACAACAGCAGCAGCAACAGCAACAACAAAUUCAACCGCAACAUCGCCGUUUGAAUACAUCGAAAGUGAGUUCACGUUGCCGUGCUCGCCGCCGCCGUUCACGAUCACUAACCAAACGAACGAGCCAUAAACAAACAAAUUCGCAACAACAUCAUCAUCAUCACCAUCAUCAUCUACAGCAACAUGAAUGGCUACAUACGACCGAUAAUCAUCAACAUUCAACAUCUAGUGAGGAAAUUGACGAUGAGGAAGACGACGACGACGACGAAGAGGAUGAUGACGAUGUAGAAAACGAAGCACAUUUUUCGCCACGUUCAACAUCAACAGCAGCCAAUCGGCCGCGUAAUCGUAAACCAAUCUUACACGCAUCAGAUUUUGAUCGACGUUUAUGCGAAGCAGCAACGACAAUACAGACGAAUGAACAAGAAAACUCUUCUCCAGUUAACAAGGAAAACAUUCCUCAUCAUACAAGUCCUGUUUCUCAGCCAUCAACGGAACCUGACGAGAUGAAUCUGAUUGUUUAUAGUAGUAAUAAUGAUUUGUUGAAUGCAACACUGAUAAGUCGAAAAAGUGAAACGAAUACAUCGUUUAAAAAGUUGACAUGUCAUGAACAACUCAUUGCUAUUCGUUAUGGCUCACCAGACUCGGGUAUUAGCGGCAAAACUUGA